CUUUCCUGUUAUCCCUGAAUAGAUCACUGGGCUGCGGGGGCUCAGGCUCUGGGGCAGGAAGGCGCAGCAUCUCUGAGGGGCAUCAAGAUCUCCCAGGCCCUGGGAGCUGCUGCCCUUCCACAAUGUGGCUCUGUGCUCUGUUCCUGGCCACUCUCGCUGCUUCCAGAGCUUGGGGUCAUCCGUCCUCGCCUCCUCUGGUGGACACCGUGCAUGGCAAGGUCCUGGGGAAGUACGUCCACCUGGAAGGAAUCGCACAGCCUGUGGCCGAGUUCCUGGGAGUCCCCUUUGCCAAGCCUCCCCUCGGAUCCCUGAGGUUUGCUCCGCCGCAGCCUGCAGAGCCGUGGAGCUCUGUGAAGAACACCACCUCCUACCCGCCCAUGUGCCCCCAGGACCCAGUGGCAGGGCAGGUGCUCUCCGACCUCUUUACCAACAGAAAGGAGAACAUUGCUGUCAAGAUGUCCGAAGACUGUCUUUACCUGAAUAUUUACACUCCUGCUGACUUGACCAAGAAAAGCAGUCUGCCGGUAAGCCGUGGGGACCCCUGGCCCAGACAUGCCGGUUCCACAGCCACGGCGUCUUCUGGUGCAGAUGGGAAAGGUCUUGACAGCGCUGCCAUGGCGUCUGUGCUGCCCACCCCAACCUGUUCUCUUACUCACAGCACAGGGGAUGAACACAGCCAGGGGAACUGGGGUCACUUGGACCAGGUGGCCGCGCUGCGCUGGGUGCAGGACAACAUCGCCAACUUUGGAGGGAACCCAGGCUCUGUGACCAUCUUUGGAGAGUCGGCGGGAGGUGACAGUGUCUCUGUUCUUGUUUUAUCUCCUCUGGCCAAGAACCUCUUCCACCGGGCCAUUUCUCAGAGUGGUAUAGCCCUCAGUCAUGCCCUGAUCCGGAACAGGGACGUCCUCAAGCCCCUGGCGGAGAAAGUUUCUGUGGCUGCUGGGUGUAAAACCACCACCUCGGCUGUCAUGGUUCACUGCCUGCGCCGGAAGACAGAGGAGGAGCUCUUGGAAGCCGCAAAGAAAAUGGAGGGGGAGGCUCAGAUGCUGCCCUGCUCUCUUCCCCAGAGUCACCCCUUCGUGCCCACGGUGGUGGAUGGCGUGCUGCUGCCCAAAACCCCCGAAGAGAUUCUGGCCGAGAAGAGUUUCAACACCGUCCCCUACAUCGUCGGCAUGAACAAGCAAGAGUUUGGCUGGAUCAUCCCAACGUUGAUGAGCUCUCCGCUUUCUGAAGGCAAACUGGACCAGAAGACGGCCACGUCACUCUUGUGGAAGAUGUACCCCAUUGUGGCAUCCCUGAGGAGCUGACUUCGGUGGCCACUGAGGAGUAUUUAGGAGGAACAGAGGACCCUGUCAAAAAGAAAGACCUGUUCCUGGACUUGCUUGGAGAUGUCUUACUUGGUGUCCCAUCUGCAAUUCUGGCCCAACGGCACAGAGGUGAGUCCUAGAGGCUAGACG